CUGCCUGCAGCCUUCAGCCCAACUCCACCCCUUGCCUGCAAGGUCUGUUUCGUAAUAGCUGCUGUAGCCACACACCUCGGUUCCGCGAGGAGCCCCUCCUCUUCCUUCUCCCCUCCCUCAUCAGGGGUGGGGCUGAAGCAGGCUAACUUGACAGCAGCUCUUCUUUCUUAGCUAGUUACCGGCCCCUACCCAAGAAUGCCUGUGUGCGAGUAGCUUCCGCGGAGAGGUGGUUCUCCUGGAGACCCAGAGGGCUGUCUGAGCUUCCGAGAACUGGGGAGAAAGCCGCCCCAGCCAUGAGCCCCUGCGGGAAUCUGCCAGGAGGCAAGUGGCCUGGAGUCCUCAUGCUUCCCAGGCUGCUCCGGAGGGAGAGGUGAGCUCCCGGCAACCGGCCCGCUACUGAAGUGCCGGGAGCCCAGGCCUGUCAUGGUGGUCGUCUGCAGGCAGCCUGAGGCACUCCCACACAGGUUUGCAGCUGAACUUGUUUGUCUGGUGUGGGAAGAAGAUGGGGAGUUACUUGUCCAUCCCGGCUUACUUCACCUCCAAAGACCCCUUUCGGUGUUCAGAAUGCCAGGAAUCCCUCACCAAUUGGUACUAUGAAAAGGAUGGGAAGCUCUACUGCCACAAGGACUACUGGGGGAAGUUUGGGGAGUUCUGCCAUGGGUGUUCUCUGCUGAUGACAGGGCCCGUCAUGGUGGCUGGAGAGUUCAAAUACCACCCAGAAUGCUUUGCCUGUAUGAGCUGCAAGGUGAUCAUUGAAGAUGGGGAUGCAUAUGCCCUGGUGCAGCACGCCACCCUCUACUGUGGGAAGUGCCACAAUGAGGUGGUACUCGCACCCAUGUUUGAGAGACUCUCCACGGAGUCUGUUCAAGACCAGCUACCCUACUCCGUCACGCUCAUCUCAAUGCCGGCCACCAUGGAGGGCAGGCGGGGCUUCUCUGUGUCUGUGGAGAGUGCUUGCUCCAACUAUGCCACCACUGUGCAAGUAAAAGAGGUCAACCGGAUGCACAUCAGUCCCAACAACCGGAAUGCCAUCCACCCUGGAGACCGCAUCCUAGAGAUCAACGGGAUCCCAGUCCGCACACUUCGUGUGGAGGAGGUAGAGGAUGCAAUUAGCCAGACCAGCCAGACGCUUCAGGUCUUGAUUGAACAUGACCCCAUCUCUCAACAUCUGGACCAGUUGCGGCUGGGUGCUCGACUCUCUCCCCAUAUGCAGAAUGCUGGACAUUCCCACACCCUCAGCACCCUGGACACCAAGGAAAAUCUGGAAGGGACGCUGAGGAGACGCUCACUAAGGCGCAGUAACAGUAUCUCCAAGUCCCCUGGCCCCAGUUCCCCAAAGGAGCCACUGCUGCUCAGCCGUGACAUCAGUCGCUCAGAAUCCCUCCGCUGUUCCAGCAGCUAUUCACAGCAGAUCUUCCGGCCAUGUGACCUGAUCCAUGGAGAGGUCCUGGGGAAGGGCUUCUUUGGGCAAGCCAUCAAGGUGACACACAAAGCCACAGGCAAAGUUAUGGUCAUGAAGGAGUUAAUUCGAUGUGACGAAGAGACACAGAAGGCCUUUCUGACUGAGGUGAAGGUGAUGCGAAGCCUGGACCACCCCAAUGUGCUCAAGUUCAUUGGUGUGCUGUAUAAGGACAAGAGACUGAACCUGCUGACAGAGUACAUUGAGGGGGGCACGCUAAAAGACUUUCUGCGCAGUGUGGAUCCAUUUCCCUGGCAGCAGAAGGUCAGGUUUGCAAAAGGCAUCGCUUCUGGAAUGGCCUAUUUGCAUUCUAUGUGCAUCAUCCAUCGGGAUCUGAACUCUCACAACUGCCUCAUCAAGCUGGACAAGACUGUAGUGGUGGCAGACUUUGGGCUAUCACGGCUCAUAGUGGAAGAAAGGAAUAAACCAGCAGUGGAGAAGGCCAACACUAAGAAACGCACCUUGCGCAAGAAUGACCGUAAGAAGCGCUACACGGUUGUGGGAAACCCUUACUGGAUGGCCCCUGAAAUGCUGAAUGGAAAGAGCUACGAUGAAACAGUGGAUGUCUUCUCUUUUGGGAUCGUUCUCUGUGAGAUCAUUGGGCAGGUGUAUGCAGAUCCUGAUUGCUUGCCCCGAACACUGGAUUUUGGCCUCAAUGUGAAGCUUUUCUGGGAAAAGUUUGUCCCCACAGAUUGCCCCCCAGCCUUCUUCCCCCUGGCUGCCAUCUGCUGCAAACUGGAGCCUGAGAGCAGACCCGCAUUCUCAAAACUGGAGGACUCAUUUGAGGCCCUCUCCCUGUACCUGGGGGAGCUGGGCAUCCCACUGCCUGCAGAGCUGGAAGAAAUGGACCACACUGUGAGCAUGCAGUAUGGCCUGACCCGGGACUCGCCCCCCUAGCCCUGGUCCAGCCCCCUGCAGGGGGGUGUUCCACAACCAGCAUUGCCCCCUCUGCGCCCCAUCCCUGCUGUGGGCAGGGCUAUCCAGGCUUCGUGUGGAUUGACGACUUGUUAGAAGUGGAACAUGCCAUCUCUACUACCUCCUGAGGAGGCCAGCAGGCGCGCACCAGGGAAAUGCAUCUCCACAGGUUUUGGGGACUGAUUACUGUCUAUAAUCCAACACUCGCCUGAAAGCUGUGAAGAAGAAAAAAAAAAUAGCCUGGCUCCUAGGCCAAGAAGAAUCUGUUACUUUGGAUCACUUGGGACCUCCCUGGCAGUGGGAUUCCGGGAGGCUCUUCUUAACACUAAUCAGCGUGACCUGGACCUGCUGGUCAGGAUCCCAGAAUGAACCUGCCUGUGGGCUCUGUGGGCUCUGUUUCACCUGGGUACAGGAGGAUUUCGAGCGGGAGUGUGGACGAGAGAAAGACUGGUGGCCAGGUGGUACUCCAAGGAUGUGAAAUGACAGUGGUGCUACCCUCAUUCUACUCCAUGUCCACCUCAGGGGUUGAGGGAGUAGGUUUUGAAGUGGCCUUUUUUGGUUUGUGGUGGGACUGGCCGGGAGUCAGGGGAAGGGCUGGUCUAGUUUCCUUAGUGUUCACAUUGAGCCACAUCAAUGUGAGGGGAAUCUUCUAUCUCACAUUCUCUAUUAGUGCUGGAGACUGGCUGAGAACUCUGGGCAGCAUCCUUCCCACCUGCAACAAGCAGUCACCUGCAAGUGCAGGGUGAGGCUGAAGGUUGGAAAGACCCUACCUUCUAAAAAGCCCAUAUCCUUGCUGCUCUCGCUUACACCCUGGUAUGUUCCUUCGUCAGAACUCCAAGACAUUUGCCUAGAGCCAGAUGGGUUCUGGAGGACAAAGUGGCUUGUCGCAGGACCAGCAUAUGACUUGGGGGAGUAAGAAUCUUAGCACUCUCUUGACCUUGUCCUCAUGCAGCCACCGCUCACCCUUUACCGUGCCUGGUACAGGAAGCAAUUUGGAUACCAAGAGGUGGUGGCAGAGCCUCAGAGCGGAGAUGCUGGGAACAACAGCGCCGGAGCUGGGCUAUCUGGCUUCUACCUCCCUUGUUGACUAGCCAGCUCACUAGCUCCUGACUUCAGGUUCCUGAGUCGCAGCCUCAGGUGCUGCAAAGCCUUGGCUCUCCACCUUGGCUCCCAGAGCACCAGGGACUCAUCGGCACAAAUAGAUUUGCCACCUCCUAGGUGUUUAUGAGCUUGCACCACAUUUAACAAAUGGGGGAUAGGUUUGGAACAUUACUGCAGUGUGUGAUGGCUACAUUGGGGUGGGAUGGGUAGGGAGUGACCCAAGAGAAUGGUUGCUGUUAAUAUUAUUAUUGUAUCUAUUGGGUAAUAUGUGAAAUACUGUACAUAGAUAGACCUGAUGAGUUGUAGGGUUAGAUGUCAUCUCUGGCCAGUUUGUUAGAUAGACCAUACUCGUGUAUAGUUUCCAAGUUUGCUGUCGGCUUGAGGCCUAGACUCCUAGCAGCUGCAGCAAGGUCAGCGUUGCAUGGCUGGUUAUGGCUCAUCUGUCCCUAGUAAUUGUGAGAGUGGGUCCAAGCUGGGCCAUGGAGUAGACCAAAUAAAUUAAGCAACUAACAUCACUGACAUUUCUGAAAGUGAAAGUCUCUGGGGGCCUGGCUCAGGGAGAUAAAUGUGGAGAAUGUUCCUGGCCCCUUUUUGGGCCCAGGUCACAUGAUUCCACACAGCAAGGGGUAUUCGUACUCCCCAAUUCUAAUUACCUCUCCUUGUAUAGACACUAACCUGCUCCAGAAAACAUGCAUACCUGAGGCCACCCAGUCCUUGAAACAGGUCUAACUGACUCCCACCUACCAGCUGAGUCAUCCCUUUAGGGUGUUGCAUCCCCACCCUGAUAUCCAUACACUCCUACAGCUUGGAUAUCCUGCUGUCCUAUCCACAGGACUGGUUCCACCUUCAUCGUGGGAAGAAAUGAAUGCAAGUCACCCCCACUACUUGUUUCCCUGCAAGUGCUUCCUUCAUAGGAAGCCUGUUUCUUGUUACUGCACUUGGGAGACAUUGCACAGGGAGUCCAUUGGCAGGUUGCUGCUGUCUGAUUAAUAAUGGGAUCCUGGACACAAUAUACAUGCACAUACCCAAGUUGCCUGCUCCCAAAGCUUGGAGAGUCCAACUUCAGGACAGAAUCUGGUUCUGGAGAAACAAAUGCCCCGGGUGCCUCUUGCUGGUGGUCUACAGAGCAGUGUUUGGACAUGAGCAGCUGUCACCCCGGGCAGUCCUCAUCGCUGAAGUCCAGCAAACACUUGGUAGCUUUCCUCUGGAGCCCUAGGAGUCACCUGAGAUGUGUGCUCAGCCCAGGCAGCCCAAUGGCCCAACCCCUCAGCACACCUAUUCCUCCAGCUGCUGUAGCACUACUAACCUGUCUCCAGUCACUGACAAGACUGCCUGGAUGUUUAACUACCUCCACCUCCAUAAGAAUGCCCAGGGUGAGGGUUUGUAGUGGCCAGGUCGCUGCACACCCAUCUUCUCUACAGCUUCAACCCAAAAGAUUGCUGUGAGGACAGUCGUAAGUAAAGGCUACCGUUACCACCCAAGCAGUUUGCCACCUCCCAGUUACAGGGCCUUCCAGUUACAGGGCCAGAGCCACACAGCUAUUGACAAGGUAACCAAAAGCUCCCCAAUAUUUGGUAAAAACUUGGCAAUUUGAAGUCUUUUUUUAUUAUAGUCGAAUGCAGAGCAAUUUCCUGCACUUUAUACGCAGGUAUCAGAAUGAGGUAUAUAAAAUGUGUAUACAGAGAAAUGCUUUUAUAGAAAAGUAAAAACCAGUAAUGUUCUCUUCAGCAUCAUUAAUUCCAAGGGACCCCCAAGGCCUAGGUUCCAUUAGUAAAUCCCUCCAGGGAACAGCUGCUGAAAAGAAUGGGCUCCCACUAAGCCCCCACCCUCAUUCUACAUGGGGGCAGUGGAAGGGAUUUAGGAAGGAAGCUCUAAGGGGAGGGAGCACUGCCAUGGCCUCCCAGUGUAACCUCAAGGCCUGCAGGCCCUGCUGAGCCACUGGCAUCAACACGACAGAGGAGAAAUGCCCUGCUCUUGGGCAUGCCACUAGCCUGCUCAUUCACCUUGGGCAUCCCUUCUCCUUGUGGGCCCCCGUUUCCAAAAGGCUUCAGCCCCAAGAUCCCUUACAGUGGUUCUAUGAUUGUUUUAUAAGUUACAGGUUGUGACCCUGGAUUGUGACCCUUGCUCAGCUGCCCCACAAAAGGCACUGGCCUGGAAGGCAGGGCCACCUACAAACUCAGGCCACUGCAGGAGCAAGCCCUGAAGCACUUCAUUGCCAUGCCUAUGAGCUUAGUUUCCAGGGUAACCUCUCAGAGGCAGUUUGCGAGGCUCCACAGUAUAAUUCCCACAGGUUAGCUGGCUGUUUCUCACCCCUGCAAAAUGCAGAAAGGUCACCAUUCACCCUGAAGAGACGGGCACCCCGGGUCCACCUCAGGUGCUGAAGCCUAAGGCAGUCACGGAUCCUUCUCUACCCUCUUCCUAAGUGGAAUGUUCAGUGCAAUUCUUUUUGAAACAGGAAGAGGCCUUGGGCCCAAUCCAUGGUUGUCAAGGCACAUCACUGCCAGCAAGCUGGAGCAUACCCAGCAGCCUAGGUCCCAUUCUCAGCCCACGGUUUUUAAUUUUUGUACAAAACGUGUUUCCGGUUCACAGAGGUCAGUAAGGAGUUUCAUCCCAAAUAUUUAAAAAACUAUAUACUUUAAAUGCCCCUCCCCCAACCCUGACCUGCUUGACCUGAACUAUGAAUAACAGUGUGUGUCACUCAAGCCCACAGGGAAUAAAUGGAAAGGCAAAGACUCAGACCAUCUUGGAUAACAGAACACAGAGGGAGUCUGGGGAAACUCCCAUCCGCCCCUGGUUCAAUUCUGGGGCACAGGCAAUGUUUGGAAGCCCUUGUCAGCAGCACUACAGUGGGGGCUGCCACUGUCUCCAUCCACAGGCAAAUUACUGCUCUAAGGGAUGGAGAAGAACUUUGGUAGGACCCUACCCAGUGUCACCCUCAGCCACAGCACCACCUGCUUGUCUCAGGAUUCACACACACAAAAAAGGUGAGAGGAGGGAUUUAACCACAACAAAAAGUGUAGAUUCUCCCAACUGUAGGAGGGUAGGUUGUCCUGCGCCAGUGUCUGCCUGGGCUCCUGUCCAUUGUGGGGGGCGGGCUCAGGCCCCAGGAGUGCCUGCUUGGCCCAUGAGGGGGGCACUGCCCUCCUGAAGGUCAACUGGAGUCUGGUUGGAGUGGACAACAACAGUCUUCUCAUCCACGAUCUCACAGGUGGGGUUGGUGAAGGCAGACAGGGGCAGGGUGAUUCGCUGCAUCUCCCUCUCACAUACUUUCUGCUCAUGUCGCGCUUUCAGGUCUUUCCCCCUGGCAGGAAAAGAGGGAAGCGUUCAGUUAUGUCUCCAGCAUAGCUUCUGUUCAUCAGAUACCAUCCCUGAGGUGCAGGGGCUUGCCAUGGUCACAGCAGGGGCAGGGGCUAGACAUGGUCACAGCAAAUCAGUGACUAAAAGUAUUAGAUCUCCAUUCGGCCAGACUGCCUUGAUGCAACAAGGGGGCCUUAACACUCUGGUCUCUGGCUCCUUGUCUGUAAAGUGAGGAUGUAGCAGCAUGAGCCUCUUUGCAGUGGGGCUCAAUGAAGCUAAUAAAGAGGAAAGAUUAAGUCCAGGACUAAGUCCACCAGUGCCCAUGAUAUACACCAAGUAUAGUCCUAAAGGCCAGGACACUUAGAUAGUUUUGUUCUUUCAGCUCAGGGCUCCAAGAGACCCAGAGAAUUAUUCCAGCCCUAACCCAUAAAGCUGCUCAGAAAACUGACAUGACCAUCCUGUUCUGAGACAGUUGCAUUAUCCCACGUACAGGAAGGUCUAAGUCCUGGCUGGAUAAAAGUACUUCCCCAGCCCAUGCGGGGGCAAAAAGGAUUCAGGGCCGCUGUGGUCAGUGGGAGACACCGACAGUCAGACUCGGGGAUUUUCAAUGCCUCUGACAUCUGACAGUGCUCAGCCUCCCUACUAAGUGAUGGUACAGUCCUAUUUUACUCACAUGGAACCCUCAUUCCAUGCCAAGGACUUCCGAUAUGUUAUCUCAUUUCAUUCUCAGUUCAUCCCAAAUAAUU